AAGUUUCAUGCAUAUUUAUAAUUUCGAUAAAAUGUAAGCGUUAAAUUACUCGGAGAACUGUGAGGUGAGUUAUUUAUUCGUGAGGGUUUGUUUCUAAGAUGUAGUGUGUGUAAAUGGAAUCAUUUAGACGAUAGGAUUUUUUAAAAAUAGAAAUGCGUUUUGUAAAAUAUAGUUUAUUUUUGUAUUUUAUUUUAGGAUUACAUGUUUCGAGUAGACUUCUGGAUAGUGAUGAGGAUAACGAACGUAUGGAAAAUGUCGAUGAGAAUAGCAUCGAUAACGAUGCAAAAUCCGGACUAACUGUUGAAGAAAAAGAAAUAAUUUUUAAAUAUUACAACAGAGAUAAUGUCGCCGGAGAAAGAAUAUACAUCAAGAAUGUGACCGAAGACAUAUUAAAAGGCUGGAGAAAAUAUCACGAAGUGAAAUUCAUCACUCACGGAUGGCUUUCAUCGGAAAAAUCUGGAUCAGUGGAAGGAAUAAAGAACGCUUAUCUGGUUAAAAAAGACAUCAACGUAAUAACCAUCGAUUGGUCGGAAACAGCUUCGUGGAAAGCUUAUCCACUCCCUGCAUAUUUUACCAAACAAGUAGGCGCAAUUAUAGCAACUUUAAUCGAAGAAUUGGUCGAAAAGAAAUUCGCCUCACUACAAAACGUUCACGUAAUCGGCCACAGUCUCGGAUCACAUGUAGCAGGAGCUGUAGGAAGCUCGGUCAAGAGUGGAAAAGUUGCCAGGAUCACUGGUUUGGAUCCCGCUGGCCCAGCUUUUGAGCACGUCCAUCAACUUCACAACAACGUUUUGGAUACAUCAGAUGCGGAGUUCGUGGAUAUAAUUCAUACGGCGGGAGGAGCUGCUGGAUAUAUGCAGCCUUUAGGACAUGCUGAUUUUUACCCCAAUGGUGGAGUGCCUCCGCAGCCCGGCUGUGUAGAGACUAGUUCCCUCAAUGGUCUGAUGCAAUCUUUCACGUGUAGCCACGGAAGAGCGUAUAAUUUUUUCGCCGAUUCCAUCCUGUAUCCUAGUUCGUUCAGAGCGUAUAAAUGCGAUACGUGGGAAGCGUUGAAAAAUGCGUCGUGUAAUGGAUAUCCUAUCGUGUAUAUGGGAGAUGAAACACCUUCUACAGCUAGAGGUAUCUAUUAUCUUCGAACCGAAGCUAAAUCGCCAUUUGGAAGGAAGAACUGAAAAAUGGACCUACCUGUUUAUAUGUACCUACCUACCUUAAGUUAUAGUCAAUUAUACUGAGUGUUCCAUUACCUUCUCCGUUCACAAAACUUAUAACGAUAUAUGUGCUUCUGUAUAAGGAUGAGACUGCGUUGGUAGUCUGCGCAAUUUCAAAAAUAAAUUACCCAAAGCUAGAAA